AAGCAUCUCCAUGUCUUCCUUUCGAUUCAAAAGCAACAGCUUCCAAAACCACAUUUUCAGGCUUCUUAGUAAUUCCAAAAGCUUGUUGACGAGAAUGGCUUCCGGUGAAAACCAGUUUCCCCGCCAGAAGCAAGACACACAGCCUGGCAAAGAGUAUCUCAUGAAUCCACCACCCCAAUACAACAGCCCCGAUUACAAGCCAUCAAAUAAACUUCAUGGAAAGGUAGCUGUAGUAACUGGGGGUGACUCUGGAAUUGGACGAGCAGUGUGCAACUUGUUUUCAUUAGAGGGUGCUACUGUUAUUUUCACCUACGUUAAGGGGCAGGAGGAGAUAGAUGCAAGGGACACGCUUGAGAUUAUAAGAAAGGCUAAGACUGAAGAUGCCAAAGAUCCAAUGGCUGUAGCGGUUGAUCAUUUGGGUUAUGAAGAGAAUUGCAAGAGAGUGGUGGACCAGGUGGUCAACGCUUAUGGCAGCAUCCACAUUCUGGUCAACAAUGCAGCCGUGCAGUACGAGAGUGAUUCACUUGAAGAGAUUGAUGAUAAAAGACUCGAGAUGGUGUUCCGAACUAAUAUCUUCUCCUAUUUCUUCAUGACUAAGCAUGCCCUAAAGCACAUGAAGGAAGGAAGCAGUAUUAUAAACACGACAUCAGUGACUGCAUACGAGGGAUUCGCAAAACUAGUGGACUACAGUUCCACGAAGGGUGCCAUUGUUGGGUUUACUCGUUCCCUGGCGCUUCAGCUUGUGAGCAAGGGAAUAAGAGUGAACGGAGUUGCACCUGGACCCAUCUGGACUCCGUUAGAGGUAGCUAGUUUGACGGUGGAAGAAAUUGUUCGAUUUGGUUCCGAUGUGACGCCAAUGAAGAGAGCUGGCCAACCUAUUGAAGUUGCUCCCUCUUACGUGUUUCUUGCUAGCAACAUAUGCUCCUCUUAUAUAACGGGCCAAGUCCUCCACCCCAACGGUGGAAUCAUUGUGAACACUUGAUGAAUGAUGAAAGAUAAACGAUACUCGUUAAUCGAAGCUAGUAUAUAUAUAUUUUACGUGGUUCUUGUCUACGUAAACACUUUGUUACGGAUGGCAGUUAAUUAGCGAAGUACCCAUGUGUAUGGAUGAAUAUUCUAGUUGAAAGCAAGCGUUUGCAUUUA